AUGGCUGACGUUGGACAAGUUUUACGCCAGUCCUUGCCAGAAAUUGAUAACACCAUCGCCGAUUACUUACAUGGUGUAUUAGAAGAUGGGGGAGACUUUGAUGAAUCAGAUGAUGUCUAUGAGGCGUUCGGUGAGAUGUUACACCAAGUUGACGACUCUAAAACAGAAGAUGAUAUUCGAGAUAUAUGUACUCGACUUUAUAAAAUUAUAGUGCCUGAUGGCGGAGGUAAUGGUAAAGUCAAUGGACAACAUAAAAUAUUAGGAGCUCCAGUAGUUAUUAAAGAUGUUAAGAUUGAUGAAAUAGAAGAGGAAGCUGGUAGUAUUUGGUUGAGCAAACGAGAUGGCAAUCUUUCUACAGUUGAUAAGAAGAAGUUAGAAAAAGCUGAAGCCAAACUACAGAUGAAAAAAGACAGAAGGGACCAAGCCCCUGUUACUAUCAAGAAAGUCGAUUCAGGGAUUGAAUUGGCGUCUGCUUCUCAACAGAUUAACAGAAGAGAUGCCAAGAUGGACGCCUCCGGUACCAAUAAGAGUUUAGAUAUUAAAAUUGAAAAUUUUGAUGUGGCUUUUGGUGAAAGAGUAUUGUUAUCUAAUGCUGAAUUACAUCUAGUCUACGGUAGACGUUAUGGUUUUAUUGGUAGAAACGGUCUCGGUAAAACAACACUACUUAAAAUGAUCUCAAGUGCACAAUUAAAGAUACCCUCCCAUAUAUCAAUAUUACACGUUGAACAGGAAGUGGUGGGAGAUAACACGCCCGCCAUUCAGAGUGUUUUACAGUGUGACACCAAACGGGAAAAUCUGCUGAGACAAGAACGCGAAUUAAACGUUAAAUUAAACACACCCGGGUGUGAAAAUGAAAGUGUUUUAAGUACUAAGUUAUCUGAAGUUUAUCAAGAACUAUCAGCUAUAGAAGCUGACCGAGCACCAGCUAAAGCAGCUGUUAUCAUGGCUGGUCUAGGUUUCCACUCUUCCUCUCAAGAUCGACCUACCAAAGAAUUUUCUGGAGGCUGGAGAAUGAGGUUGGCAUUAGCACGUGCUUUAUUUACAAAACCAGAUUUACUUUUACUUGAUGAACCUACUAACAUGUUGGAUAUGAAGGCCAUUAUAUGGUUAGAAAAUUACUUACAGACGUGGGAAUCAACGAUAUUAGUAGUCUCUCACGACCGAUUAUUUUUAAACUCUGUCUCCACGGACAUUAUUCACCUCCAUUCUAGAAAACUCGAUACAUAUCGGGGAGAUUACGAGGUGUUUAAAAAGACGAGGGAAGAACGGUUAAAAAAUCAGAUGCGAGAAUACGAAGCCCAGAAAGAUUACAGAGAACAUAUUCAGAUAUUUAUAGAUAGAUUUAGAUAUAAUGCUAACAGAGCAGCACAAGUUCAAAGUAAACUCAAGAUCUUAGAAAAACUACCUCCACUAGUGCCAAUAGAAAAAGAACCAGAAGUUAUUUUAAGAUUCCCAGAAUGUGAGUCUCUAUCACCACCUAUAUUACAACUAGACGAGGUGGAGUUUUAUUACAGUCAAACUCAACCUAUCUUUCAGAAUAUCUGUGUUAAUUCUACUAUGACCUCUAGAAUCUGUAUUGUUGGUGAGAAUGGUGCUGGUAAAACAACGCUAUUAAAGAUAUUACUAGGAGAGUUAUCUCCCGUCAGUGGUUUACGACAUGUACAUCGUAGUUUACGUAUCGGUUAUUUUAGUCAACAUCACAUUGAUCAGCUAGAGAUGAAUAUGACGUCUGUUGAAGUCCUGGCUGCUAGAUUCCCAGGGAAACCAGUAGAACAAUAUCGUACUAUGUUAGGAUCAUUUGGUGUGAGUGGUGAAUUAGCCAUGAGAUCAGUUGCUAGUCUUUCUGGAGGACAGAAAAGUCGAGUAGCGUUCGCUGUGAUGAGUUUAGCCAAUCCAAAUUUCUUUAUUCUUGAUGAACCUACCAAUCAUUUAGAUAUGGAGACAAUCGAAGCUCUGGGUAACGCUUUACAGAAAUUUAAGGGAGGUGUAGUGUUAGUAUCUCACGACGAAAGAUUAAUACGCAAAGUCUGCAAGGAAUUGUGGGUAGUGAGUGGUGGAACUGUUAAAUCAUUAGAAGGUGGAAUCGACGAAUACAAGAAAAUUGUGGAGGCAGAAUUGGUCGUCAAGAGUUGA